CUGAGGCCGUCCCUGAGUUUCACGCAUGCGCGCAGUGCACAGAAGGAUUUGAAAAUGUCGGUUGCAGGUUAAAAAUGAGAAGGAAUUCGUCUCCAGGAAGCUCAAGCACGGCACAACGGUUUUGUUGUCUCUGUCUAGAUAUUUAAGAAGCGGAGCAAGGAUCCAAUUGACCAUCCUUCCUGCUCAGACUGUGGGGAGGGAUUCUCUCGGUCAUCUGACCAACUCGCAAGCCCGUCACUUUACACAGGAGAAAGGCCUUUCACCUGCUCAGACAGUGGGAAUGGAUUCACUCGGUUAUCACAAUUGAAGGUACAUCAGCAAGUUCACACUGGGCAAGGCCAUUCACCUGUUCUGUGUGUGAGAAAAGGUUUAGUUGGUCAUCCCACCUGUGGACACACCAAUCAGUUCACACCACACUGGGCAGAGGCUGGUCAUCUGCUGAAUUUCUGGGAAAGGAUUCACUCAGUCAUCUGACCUAAUGGCUCACCAGCCACUUCACACUGGGGAGAAGCCAUUCACCUGCUCAGAGUGUGGGAAGGGAUUCACUCAGUCAUCCCACCUACGGAGUCACCAGCAAGUUCACACCGGGGAGAAGCCGUUCACCUGCUCAGUCUGUGGGAAGGGAUUCACUCAGUUAGCUAACCUACAGAAUCACCUGCGAGUUCACACUGGGGAGAAGCCAUUCACCUGCUCAGAGUGUGGGAAGGGAUUCACUCAGUCAUCCCACCUACGGAGUCACCAGCAAGUUCACACCGGGGAGAAGCCGUUCACCUGCUCAGUCUGUGGGAAGGGAUUCACUCAGUUAGCUAACCUACAGAAUCACCUGCGAGUUCACACUGGGGAGAGGCCAUUCACUUGCUCAGUCUGUGGGAAGGAAUUCACUCAUUUGUCCAAACUGCAGAGACAUCAGCGAGUUCACAGUGGGGAGAGGCCGUUCACCUGCUCAGUCUGUGGGAAGAGAUUCACUAAUUUAUCCAGCCUACAGAGACAUCAGCGAGUUCUCAGUGGAGAGAGGCCGUUCACCUGCUCAGAAUGUGGGAAGGGAUUCACUCAGUCAUCCCACCUACAGAGUCACCAGCGAGUUCACACCAGGGAGAAGCCGUUCACCUGCUCAGUCUGUGGGAAGGGAUUCACUCAGUCAUCCCACCUACAGAAUCACCUGCGAGUUCACACUGGGGAGAGGCCAUUCACUUGCUCAGUCUGUGGGAAAGAAUUCACUCAUUUAUCCAGCCUACAGAGACAUCAGCGAGUUCACACUGGGGAGAGGCCAUUCACCUGCUCAGUCUGUGGGAAAGGAUUCACUCUGUCAUCUACCCUACUGGUACAUCAGCGAGUUCACACUGGGGAGAGGCCGUUCACCUGCUCAGUCUGUGGGAAGGGGUUCACUCACUCUUACAACCUACAGAGACACCAGCGAGUUCACACUGGGGAGAGGCCAUUCACCUGCUCAGAAUGUGGGAGGAGAUUUGCUGACUCUUCCACCCUGCAGAGUCAUCAGCGAGUUCACAGUGGAGAGAGGCUGUUCACCUGCUCAGAAUGUGGGAAAGGAUUCACUCUGUCAUCUACCCUACUGGUACAUCAGCGAGUUCACACUGGGGAGAGGCCGUUCACCUGCUCAGUCUGUGGGAAGAGAUUCACUCAUUUAUCCAGCCUACAGAGACAUCAGCGAGUUCACACUGGGGAGAAGCCAUUCACCUGCUCAGUCUGUGGGGAGAGAUUCACUCAGUCAUUCAUCUUACAGAGACAUCAGCGAGUUCACACUAGAGUUCACCUGCUGAGAAUGUGGGAAAGGAUUCACACAGUCAUCCCACCUACUGGCACACCUCUCAGCUCACAAUGGGGAGUGGCCAUUGUUAUGCAUCCCUAGGUUUUGUUUGCUGUGGCUUUCAUUUUAAGAGAGAGAGAGGGAGAGAUUAAAAAGACAAAUCAGUCCAAUUUGCAGCUUGUUUACAUCGUGUGCAGCUUGUUUAGUUUUAACCAAGGACACAGACACUCAGAGACAGACAGAGACAAAGGAAGAAAAAUGGAAGGGUCGAAACCAGGGAACUAGUGGCCAAGGGUCACUGUUUGGAACUUUCCUUUGCCCACAAGGGUGGAUUCACCUUACAUCGAAUGUGUGGUUGUCACCUCAUUUGAUCCAUAGGAGUGGAUCUGAUUUGGGAUAUCCUGUGGAGACCACUUAUGUGUUACCCCUUGCCUGGCUGUGGUGUGGUAGUUCACUUGAAGAUGAUACCCCUUAUGACAAGUCACUUCGGAUGAUAAUUAGUAUGUGGAUUUGGAAGGAUGACAGAUAAAAUCUACGGUGACUGUUGGUCUCGUUUUACCACCAUGAAACCUGUGGAAUACAACAUAAUUGCCUUCUCUCAACAUUUACCCUGGAUUACAAAUAUCUCUCUCUCAUCACCUAUUCUGUAGUUGAACUGAACUUUCAUACUUUACCAUCUCAAAACUCCAAGCCUUGUUUCCUCUGAGCUCAAUAGUUUGGGAGAUUUAUUUCUACAGAUUUAUACACAUAACACUCAUGAGGAAUUCUGCAGAUGCUGGAAAUUCAAACAACACACACAAAAUGCUGGUGGAACACAGCAGGCCAGGCAGUAUCUAUAAGGAGAAGAAAUGUCAACGUUUCAAGCUGAGACCCUUCAUCAGGACUAACUGAAAGGAAAGAUACUAAGAGAUUUGAAAGUAGUGGGGGGAGGGUGAAAUGCAAAAUGAUAGGAGAAGUCUGGAGGUGGUGGGAUGAAGCUAAGAACUGGAAAGGUGAUUGGCGAACGUGAUACAGAGCUGGAGAUGGGAAAGAAUCAUUGGACAGGAGGCCUCAGGAGAAAGUAAGGUGCGGGGGAAGCACCAGAGAGACAUGGAAAACAGGCAAACAAUUAAAUAUGUCAGUGAUGGGGUAAGAAGUGGAAGAGGGGCAUUAACAGAAGUUAGAGAAGUCAAUGUUCAUCCCAUCAGGUUGGAGGCUACCCAGCCGGUAUAUAAGGUGUUGUUCCUCCAACCUGAGUUUGGAUUAAUUUUGACAGUAGAGGAGGCCAUGGAUAGACAUAUCAGAAUGGGAAUGGGAUGUGGAAAUAAAAUGUGUGGCCACUGGGAGUAGUCUGUUGCUGCUGGUUUGUUUCUAAAGCGUUAUGGUUUGUAACAAAAUGGGGCCUGCGUCUGGGAUAUGAACAAAUUUAAGGAUUGAUUUAAUAUUGAUUUCAUUGGAUAAAUCCCUUUUGAUUUAUUUGUGUGUGGAAAAUCAGCAGCAAUGGAUGUUGAUAGAUAUCUGGAAGUGUGAACCUCUCAGGCAUUAGAGGACACCAGAAGGAUUGAGUUAUUGAGUAUUGCUAAAGUGUUAAUACUUGCUAAGGUGAAAUUGACAAUGAGGAGGGCACAGAUGCAGAGGAUAAUAGCUGAACAUUAUGUAUCUGAGGAUGUGUUUAAAGUGGAGGAGUUGGAGGUGUUUCCUGAAAGUAAACCUAGUGAGCUUGAGCUCCAGUGCAAGUUAGAAAAAUUAAAGAUGGAGGCAGAGGCAAUUUCAGGCUGGAGAGACAGAAAAGCAGUAAGAAAAUUCUCUUACAAAGUGUAAUUAAGGGGAAGGCUUAGCAAGCUUAUUCUGCUUUGACAGUAGCUGAAGCAGCUGAUUAUUUAUUUAUUUAUGCUGACCCAGUCAUCGCCACUGGGCUAUAAUUGCGCAGGAGCAGUGUGUGGUUCAGUGCUUUGCUCAAGGACACACACGUUGCCUCGGCUGAGGCUCAAACUCAUGACUUUCAGAUCGCUAGUUCAACACCUUAACCACAUGGUCACGCACCACAUAUUAUGACAUCGUGAAACAGGCUGUGCUCAAAGCUUAUGAGUUGGUCCCAGAAGCAGACAGGCAAAAGUUUAGAAAUCUGUGAACCAGACAUACAGAAUUUGCUUAUGAGAAAUUUGUGUCUUUUGACCACUGGUGCACAUCUGAACAUGUAAAUGAUGAUUUUAACAGCUUGAAAGUUGGUUUUAAUUGAAGAAUUCAGAAGGUGUGUCCCUGAUGACAGAAAGAUGUAUUUAGAUGGAAAUGAUGCUGCCACUAUGCAGGAAUCUGCUGGAUUAGCAGAUCAGUUUGCUUUAACUCAUAAAGUUAUGUUUACCCUGAAUAAGAGUUUCCAAAAGGUACUUGUCAAGAUUUGGGUAAACCUAAUGAGCUCACCCCAGUGGCCUAUACCUGCAUUCGGUGAACCCUUUUUCGAAAGUUAUAGUGGAUUGUGUUGGCCCAUUGCCAAAGACCAAAGCUGGCCAUCAGUAUCUGCUAACUAUUCUGUGUACUGCAUCCAGAUUCCCAGAGGCAAUGCCUCUCAGAAAUAUUAAAGCUAAAACUGUGGCGAGGGCUCUUACCAAGAUUUUCACAUUAUUCGAUUUGUCUAAAGAAAUCCAGUCUGAUCAAGGAUGCAAUUUUACAUCUGGAUUAUUCCAACAGGUAGUUUCUGAACUGGGAGCAAAACAAAUUGCAUCAUCUGCGUACCAUACAGAAUCACAAGGGGCUUUAGAAAGAUUUCAUUCUACCCUCAAAACAAUGAUUAAGACAUACUGUAUUGAAAAUGGAAACGACUGGAAUGAAGGAAUACAUUUGCUUUUGUCCACAGAAAGAGAGUCAGUACAGGAAUCACUGGGAUUUACUCCAUUUGAAAUUGUAUUUGGUCGCAGAAUGACCUUUGACCUUGUUAAAAGAAACGGUGGAUUGAUGGGGAUGUACAUGUUAACUCAGACUAUGUUUUGAUCUUCAAAAAUAAACUACACAAAACCUGUAGUCCAGUGAGACAAAACUUAAAAAUUUCUCAAAACAAAAUGAAGUGUUGGUUUGAUAACAGGGCUCGAGAAAGAAAAUACCAGGUGGGAGAUAAGGUGCUUGCCUUAUGUUGACGAAUCCACUUCAGGCGAAAUUCAAUAGACCGUAUGAGAUAGUCUCUCAAAUUAAUGAUGUGAAUUAUGUAAUUAAAACACCUGACUGACGUAAACUAACACAGGUGGUACACAUAAAUAUGAUAAAACCUUUUUUGAACAAGUAGGUACCAUCUGUGUGUGUUGUUGUCAAAACAAAUGAAACUGGCAACCCUGAGAAUGAAACACUUGACUCGUCUGAGACUUUUAUCAAGCCAAACAUGGUCCCAGUUAGGUUAAUGAACUCGGUUGUUCCAGAAAACAUUGCUAACAGGUUGUCUCAUCUGCAGCCAAAGCAACAACAACAGCUGAAGGAAUUAUUUUUGAAGUUUAAAGAUUUAUUUCCCUUUGUUCCCAAGCAAACCACGGUCGUAGUACAUGAUGUAGAUGUUGGUCAAGCUAAACUGAUUAAACAACACCCAAAUUGCAUGAACGUAGAAAAGUGUAAAUUGGCUGACCAGGGAAUUGAGUAUAUGCUGGAGAAUGGUAUUAUUAGGCCUUCAAAAUGAGAUUGGAGUCACCCUGCAUUAUUGUGCCCAAACCUGAUGGUAGUGUUAGAUUUUGCACUGAUUAUAGAAAGGUAAAUGCAGUAACAAAAACAGAUGCCUAUCCUAUCCCUAGAGUGGAUGAUUGCAUCGAUAAGGCUGGAAAAGCUAAUUUCUUACAACGAUUGAUCUGUUGAAAGGGUAUUGGGGUGUGUUCCAUUGAUGGACAGAGGUAGAGAAAUUUCUGCAUUUGUGACACCAUCUGGGUUGUAUGAAUACAAUGUUUUGCCUUUUGGAAGGAAAAAUGCUCCAGGAGCAUCCCAGAGAAUGAUUGAUUUUGUAAUUCGAGGGUGAGAACACACAGAUACCUAUAUUGAUGACUUAGCUACAGGGAGUGGCACUUGGGAAGAGCAUAUCUCUGCAGUAGAAAAGCUAUUUGACAGGCUUUCCCAGGCCAGCCUUACAGUUUACUUGGCUAAGAGUGAAUAUGGCCAUGCCAAUGUGACCUGUCUUGGCUAUGUUGUAGGUCAAAGCAAGUUGGCUCCUGUUCUGGCAAAACUCCCAGCAAUUUCUCAAGUUCCUAUUCUGACUGCUAAGAAGGCUCUUAGUAGGUUUCUGGGAAUGGAUGGAUAUUAUCGUAAGUUCUGUAAGAACUUUGCUGCUAUCACUCUUCCUCUGACCAAUCUCCUGAAGAAGGGUGAAAAGUUUGUUUGGACCGAGCCUUGUCAGAAGGCAUUUGAUUGAUUGUUAUCAGUAUUUCAGAUUAGGCCAAUCAAUGUAGUGCUGACAGCAAAUUUAAAUAGCAGAUUGGAGCUGUGGGUGGCAACACAAGUCAUGGGUGCACAGAGAGUAAAGGAGGGCGCCAAAGAGACAACCCUGUGGGGUAUGUGUGCUGAGGGUCAGAGAGACAGAGGUGAGGGAGCCCACUCUUACCACCUGCCAGCGAUCUGACAGGAAGUCCAGGAUCCAGCUACACAAGGCAGGGUGACGGCCAAGGUCUCUGAGCUCCUUGUCGAUACUUCAUGCCUUUGUAUGGCUACUGCUCUGCCCAUGACUGCAAGGAACUGCAGAGAACUUUGGAGAGCAGUGAACAUCAGAGAAACAAGCCUCCCCUCCAUGGACUCUUCCUACACUUCCCCUGCCUCGGAAAAGCAGGCCAUGUAACCUCAUAACCUGGACAUUCUUGCUGCAAACCCGCUCCCACAUUGGCAGAGAGAUACAAAAGCCUUAAAGUGCGUAGCACCAGGCUGAAGGACGGCUUCCUGUCUGUGGUUAUAAGCCAAAUGAAUGAUAAAAUGGACUCAACCUCACAAUGUAACUGGACGUGACCCUGCACCUUAUGUCUAUCGGCACCGCACUUUCUCUGCAGCCAUAAUGCUUUGUUACAGUGAUUAUUUUGUUGUAUAUCAGCUCAAUGUACUGUUGGAAUGUAUCAAUCUGUGUGGAUGGUACAUCAGGCAAGAUUUUCACUGUAGCUCAGUACAUGAUGAUAAUAAACAAAUUUCCCCAUUUUAAUUGUGUGGAAAUAUUAGACAGACUGAGCUUCUGCUCUGGAACCACAGAAGGAAACUGAAC